ACCCGACACACCCUCACCUCCACACACACUCACACUCACACACACAGAGAGAGAGUGGAGGGGUGAGAAGAACCGCUGAAGGUCACGGACAGGAGAAACAGACAGAGAGAUGUCGGAUCAGCAGGGACUCCCAGAUCAGCAAGUUGCUGGGAAGAGCCAAGGAGGAGCAGGAGCAGUUUACAAGGUCUCACUGUAUGAAUUUGAGAACUUCCGAGGGAAAAAGGUCGAGCUGUCAGCAGAAUGCAAGGACUUGAUUGAGAAGAACUUGGAAAAAGUUGGAUCAAUCAUAGUUGAGUCUUGCCCAUGGGUCGCCUUUGAGCAGAAAGGCUUUCUGGGAGAGCAGUUUGUUUUGGAGAAAGGAGAAUAUCCUCGCUGGACCACCUGGACCAACAGCCAGAGGAGCUACUGUCUCCUGUCCAUCAGACCUCUGAGAGUGGACAGCGCCGACCACAAGCUAUAUCUGUUUGAGAACAGCAGCUUUGCCGGCAGAAAGAUGGAAAUCGUGGAUGAUGAUAUUCCCAGCCUGUGGGUUCAUGGCUUCCAGGACCGUGUGGCCAGUGCGAAAGUUGUCAAUGGAACGUGGGUGGGCUACAUGUACCCUGGCUACCGCGGCCGGCAGUUCGUGUUUGAACACGGUGACUACAAACACUGGAACGAAUGGGGAGCCACAGAACCACAGCUGCAGUCCAUCCGGCGCGUACGUGACAUGCAGUGGCACAAACGGGGCUGCUUCCCCAUCCCCGACCCGGCUCCCAAACCCAAACCCAACCCCAUCCCCAAUCCCAAUCCUAACCCCAAACCUGCGCCCAAUCCCGCCCCCAACCCCCCUCCCCCUGCCCCGUCCGCCAGCUGAAGGAGAGCGUCCCGCCCCGUCACCGAUGACCUCUGCCCCACUCCUGCUCAGAGGGCCGCGAAGAAAGCUCGAAAGCAAAAGUGACUGCCUUGCAUCUUGUGUGUCUAUCAUUGGAAAUAAAGGCCUCGGCCCCAUGGUUUGAUCUCUGA